AACCACCUUGCGUCAUUCGGCGGCGCCGGAAGUAGGGGUUCGCUGGCUUCUGGACGCUCGCUUGACCGCUUCUUGCUCGGCUUCGAGGGCACAGUGUCGCCAUGGUCUCAGACGAAGAUGAAUUGAAUCUUCUGGUCAUCAUAGUUGAUACCAACCCAAUUUGGUGGGGGAAACAAUCAUUAAAGGAAUCUCAGUUCACGCUGUCCAAGUGCAUGGACGCCGUGCUGGUGCUGGGGAACUCCCACCUGUUCAUGAACCGCUCCAACAAGCUGGCAGUCAUCGCCAGUCACAUUCGGGAGAGUCGGUUCUUGUAUCCUGGAAAGAAUGGCAGACUCGGAGACUUCUUUGGAGACCCCGGCAGCCCCUCUCCUGACUACAAUCCCUCCGGGAGUAAAGAUGGCAAAUACGAGCUGUUGACGGCAGCCAACGACGUGAUAGCGGAGGAGAUUAAGGAUCUGAUGACCACUAGUGACAUAAAGGGUCAACACACAGAAACUCUGCUGGCCGGAUCCCUUGCCAAAGCCCUGUGCUACAUUCAUAGAAUGAACAAAGAAGUUAAAGAUAAUCAGGAGAUGAAAUCAAGGAUAUUGGUGAUCAAGGCCGCGGAGGACAGUGCACUGCAGUACAUGAACUUCAUGAACGUCAUCUUCGCAGCACAGAAACAGAAUAUUUUGAUCGAUGCCUGUGUUUUAGACUCGGACUCAGGCCUCCUCCAGCAGGCUUGUGACAUCACGGGAGGGCUGUACCUGAAGGUGCCCCAGAUGGCGUCCCUGCUGCAGUACUUACUGUGGGUUUUUCUUCCUGACCAAGACCAGAGAGCUCAGUUAAUCCUCCCGCCCCCAAUUCACGUUGACUACCGGGCAGCUUGCUUCUGUCACCGGAACCUCAUCGAGAUUGGCUACGUGUGCUCUGUGUGUCUGUCAAUUUUCUGCAACUUCAGCCCCAUCUGCACCACGUGUGAGACAGCCUUUAAGAUUUCUCUUCCUCCUGUGCUGAAGGCCAAGAAGAAGAAACUGAAAGUGUCCGCGUAACGCAGCAGGAUUUUUUUUAAGGCUGUUAUUCAUAGAAAUGGUGGGGGAGGCUGCCAGGCACAGGUCGGGGCAGGCUGAUUUGGAAAGCAGUCCAAAGCAUUGCCCUAAAGUCUGCUCUGGCCGGGAGAAGGGACAAGUUUGUGACUUUGACCUUUUAAUGGGGCUCAUUUGUCAAAGCCACCUGCUGUGACCGAUUCUAGGCUUUGGGUCCUCUGCCCUGAGUCUGAGCCCUUACUGCAAAGCUGGAACCCGGCGUUGGAGAGCAGCAGAUGGAAAUAAACCCCGUGACCUCGUUGAGACUCAGCCUCAGACAUUAGCGGCUGUUUAUUCUUUGGUCUGACAGUGCUGUGUGUUUGGGCAGUUAUCCAAAUACUCGGAAUAGUCUGUCCCCAACUAACUACAGAAUCUGACUUUAGAUGUGUAAGGUGAGCAAGGGCCGGGGGCUGCUUGCAAGUUUUUCUUCAGAAACAGCUGUGGGAAGAGCUUUUUGUGAAAGCUGAUGUUAGGCUGUGAGGGAGAAUUGAUUGGGGAAAAUAACUGUGGGUUACUUCUUGUCUGCACAUAGAAUUCUGUCAUUUUUUAAUGGGAGAAAAACCCACUAAUAGCUGGGCACAGUGUCUGUCUCACACCUGUAAUCCCAGCACUCUGGAGGCUGAGGCAAGAGGACUGCAAUUUCCAACCCAGCCUUGGCAAUUUAACCAGAACCUGUCUGAAAAUAAAAAAUAAGAAGGGCCUGGGAAUGUACCUCUGUGCAAAGGCCCUGAGGUCAGUUGCCAGUACCAGAAAAGGUCCAUUCGUUAGUAUUGGGGAACUCUUUCUAGAAGUGCUGAACUGAAUACUGAAACAUUUCAUAAAUUCAAAAAAAGCAUUAUUUGUAAUUUCUUUUUUUGUUUUUUUGUACCGGGGAUCGAACUCUGGACCUUGUGCUUUUGAGGCAGGCGCUGGAACCACUGAGCUAAAUCCCUGGCAUUAUUAUUUGUAAUUUCAACAAUAAAAAAUUAUUUUUCUAUUAACUUUCCUUGAGGUAUUUCCCUAGACACUUCUGUUUAAUGAUUUUCCUAGAAAUUAAUUAAAAGUCUUCAUAAUUUUCAGUAUAGUACAAGAAAAGUUUAAGGAAUGAUGGCCGGUUUGGAGCUUCUUGAAAGUAAAUUGAUUCCACUGCCUGCCUCGCAAGUGCAAGGUCCUAAAUUCAAUCCCCAGUACCAAAAAAAAAAAAAGUAAAUUGACAAAAAUAAUUUUUGUAUACAAAUAGGAUUGAAAACUCUUUAUACCCCCCCCCCAUUUGUUUGUUUUGGCACCGCGGAUUGAACUUGGGACCUUGCGCUUGUGAGGCAGGCGGCUGAGCCACUGAGCUACAUCUUGGCCCCCUUUUUUUUUUGGAUACAAGGUCUUCUUAGGUAGUCCAGGCUGACUUUAAACUCACUAUGUAGUCCAGGCCGUCCUUGAACUCACAGAGAUCCUCAGCUUCUGGGGUGCUGGGACUACAGGCAUGCACCACCACGGCCGACUAAGACCAUCUCUGAAGCUGAGUCUUUAUUAGGUAAUUUGGUGUUUGGUUCAGUAAUUUCAAGUAGAUUUUUUUAUUCUGUAUUUACAGUUUUGUAAACACACAAAAGAUUUUGAUGAUCACUGCAAAUAUUUGUUACUCCUUGAGUUUGAGAUCCGUUUGUCUUAAAAAUAAAAUUUACCAGGGCCGGGGAUUUAGCUUAGUGGUUCCAGCGCCUGCCUCAUAAGCGUAAGGUUCUGAGUUCGAUCCCCGGUAGCCCCCCCCAAAAUAAAAUAAAAUUUAUUGGGCCAGGGAUUUAGCUCAGAGGCACAAGGUCCUGAGUUCGAUGCCCAGUAUUGGGGAAAAAAAUAAAUAAAAUUUACUAUUUUAUAGACUAAGCAAAAUGGAAAUCUUUAUUUUAGUCUAGGAAAUAAAGAUCUAAAAAAUGCAUAAUUUCAAAUAA